CGAAAAAGGUCAUCCGUGGUACCUGGACAGAAUGGGCCACGUGGGAAAGAUGCAGCAUGAGCUGUGUAGGGGGUACGAAGACCCGCUACCGUUCCUGCCGUGACAAAAACGGAAAAAAUGUUGGGGACUGCAAGGGUGAUACCAUGGCGUAUGACGAUUGUGGAUCCGCGCUCUGCACACCAGCUCCAUUCUCUAGCUAUGGAAUACCAAGACCUAGUAUUUGGCCCAAAAACUUUGCUGAGUGGACGGAGUGGGAGACUUGGUGGGAUUGCAGUAAGACCUGCGAUGGCGGCGAGACAGUACGGUACCGUGACUGUGAGGAGAACGGCAAAUGGAUGCCUGGAUGUCCGGGCAAAGAUACAAAUAAAAAGGAAUGCAAUACACAAUCCUGCUCCGGCGAAAGCGCUCCACCAAAACCUGACCAACGAUAUUCGGGUAGUGCUAAAUUACCAAGCUCUUCUCAACUGAGUCAAUCUAGCUCGCAGUCCAAAAGCUCAACCAAGCAGUCGACUAGCGGAGGAGCCGUCUCUUGGUCAUCGUGGAGCGAUUGGGCAAAAUGUAGCGCCAGUUGUGACGGCGGCACUCGUACCCGAUGGCGAGAAUGCAACGAUGACAAGAAGAAGCUCGCUUCGGGCUGCGAGGGUGAAUACAUGGACACUGACACUUGUGAGUCUACGCCUUGCCAGUCGGAAUCCUCUUGGAUACCGUGGAGCAAAUGGACAAAAUGUAGCGCCAGUUGUGACGGCGGCACUCGUACCCGGUGGCGGGAAUGCAACGAUGACAAGAAGAAUCUCGCUGCGGGCUGCGAGGGUGAAUACAUGGACACUGGCACUUGUGGGUCUACGCCUUGCCAGUCGGAAUCCUCUUGGACACCGUGGAGCGAAUGGACAAAAUGUAGCGCCAGUUGUGACGGCGGCACUCGUACCCGAUGGCGAGAGUGCAACGAUGACAAGAAGAAGCUCGCUACGGGCUGCGAGGGUGAAUACAUGGACACUGGCACUUGUGAGUCUACGCCUUGCCAGUCGGAAUCCUCUUGGACACCGUGGAGCGAAUGGACAAAAUGUAGCGCCAGUUGUGACGACGGCACUCGUACCCGAUGGCGGGAAUGCAACGAUGACAAGAAGAAUCUCGCUACGGGCUGCGAGGGUGAAUACAUGGACACUGGCACUUGUGAGUCUACGCCUUGCCAGUCGGAAUCCUCUUGGACACCGUGGAGCGAAUGGACAAAAUGUAGCGCCAGUUGUGACGACGGCACUCGUACCCGAUGGCGGGAAUGCAACGAUGACAAGAAGAAUCUCGCUACGGGCUGCGAGGGUGAAUACAUGGACACUGGCACUUGUGAGUCUACGCCUUGCCAGUCGGAAUCCUCUUGGACACCGUGGAGCGAAUGGACAAAAUGUAGCGCCAGUUGUGACGGUGGUAGUCGUACCCGAUGGCGAGAGUGCAACGAUGCCAAAAGGAAUCUCGCUACGGGCUGCGAGGGUGAAUACAUGGACGAAAGCGAUUGUGGUUCUGCGCCUUGUGUGGCAACGUCAAGCUCUCCUAAACAACCAAGCAGUGGAUCCGAAGUCAAGAACUGGUCAACUUGGAACGAUUGGUCAAGUUGUAGCGCUACCUGCGGUGGCGGUACCCGGUCACGCUUGCGUGAAUGCGAAGGACCUAAUGAGAGUCUCGCCGUGGACUGCGAGGGCGGCUACAUGGAGUCCAGCGAUUGUGGAUCUCAGCCUUGCCAGUCCAGUUUCCGUGCUGGUUCAAUCCAAGGUUCACCUGACCAAUCUAAAAAGAUUAUUUCUGCCUAG